AUGUUUUCUCUUCUAGAACUUACAACAAAGCUCGCCCUGUUCGUGACUAUUUUCUUCGCCUCUCGUUUCCUAUGGAAUUAUCUUCGGUCCCCAUUGAAGUCUUUCCCUGGUCCUAAACUGGCGAGCUUUACCAACCUAUGGCGCAUGCAAGAUGUAGCCAAGGGCCGUUGUGAUAUCACGCAUAACAAGUUGCAUCGCAUACACGGGCCCGCUGUUCGUAUGGGACCGAAUGUCCUCAGCCUAUCCGAUCCAAACUUGAUCAGCCUCGUUUAUAAUACUAAGAACCCAUGGCUUAAGAGUCAUUUGUACAAAGUCGCUGACGUCGUCAUCGGUGGUGUUCGACUCAGCAAUCUGUUCUCGAGUCGGAAUGAGAGUUGGCACUCGACUUACAUUCGCCCAGUCAAGAGCUCGUAUUCUAUGAGUAAGGUUCAAGACCUCGAGAGCAAUCUAGAUAUCACUAUCGAACUCCUCAUUGACCAACUCCGGGAGCGGUUUGUCUGCACGGGUAAGACCUGCGAGAUGUCUGAUUGGAUCAACUUCUUUGCAUGGGAUGCUAUGAGUCAAGUCAACUUCUCGCAAGAUCUUGGUAUCCUCGAGGCUGGAAGUGACUACAAGGGUUUCCUCAGAAGGUCCAAUCAAUCAAUCGAUUACUUUGCUUCAAUCGGCCAAAUUCCUCUUCUGGAUCACAUAUUCGGCAAGAACCCAAUCAUGGCCAUUGGACCGCCAACUUUUCUCUGGGCCAAUGCCUUCAGUCUUGACCAACUCCACAAACGCCAUAAAGAAGGCAAUCAUGAUGGUCCCGAUCUCCUUGCCAAAUUCCUCGACGCUAAGAAGAAGAAUCCCGAACUUGUCGAUGACAACACUAUCGUCAUGUGGUUAGUUGCCAAUGUCCUUGCAGGUAGUGACACAACAGCAAGCACUAUGUGCGCGACAACUUACUACGUUUUGAAGAAUUCCGCAGUUUACAAGAGACUCUGCGAUGAGCUCCGCGCCGCUAAUCUCUCUUUUCCCGCCAAAUGGAAAGAAAUCCAAGGGCUAAAAUACCUUGAAGCCGUGAUGCGUGAAUCAAUGCGAAUUAAUCCCGGAAUCGGUCUCAUGAUCGAGCGUAUUGUUCCGAAAGGUGGCUUCACUCUGCCGGACGGACGUUUCGUGGCCGAGGGGACUACUGUGGGCAUGAAUCCAUGGGUGAUCAACAGAAACGAGGCGGUCUUCGGUGCCAAAACAGAAGAAUUUAUCCCCGAGCGCUGGCUUCAGAGACCCGAGGAGCCAGAAGAGUCGUUCCAGGCGCGUUUUUCUAAGAUGAAAAGCACCGACUUUACAUUCGGGGCUGGGUCGCGUGCCUGUUUGGGAAGGUACCUCUCAGAGCUAGAGAGCUUCAAGCUGAUUGCAACACUUUUUAACACAUUCGAUAUAAAUCUCCCCAGUCAGGAUCAUGAGUGGCAGAUCAGAAACUCGUGGUUCGUUAGACAGGACAAUAUUCCUGUCCGCCUGGUAGAGCGGGCAUAA